ACCCUUGUUUCUAGCCCCCAAAACAUAAGGGAACUAUAACUAGAUGCAGAAGACUAAGCACAGACAGAAAGUUAAAAAGAAUAGCCCACAACAAAUCUUACAAAAAAAAAUUCCCCAUUUGCAAUUAGAUAGCGCAAUGGCGUCUUCUGGAGCUUGGACUUAUCGAGAUCGAACUUCCGAGUUCACGUCUUUGUCCAAAACAUUGAAGAAGAUCGCAGGAAGUACCGGAUCAGAUCAUGAAUCACAACAGAAUUUUGCUUCUUCUACCACAAAAUUACUACCAAUUCCAGAUCGAUCUGAAUUCAACAAGAAGGCAUCGAGAAUUGGGUUGACGAUCCAUCAAACCUUUCAGAAAAUCGAUAGGCUUGCUAAAUUGGCAAAACGAUCAUCGAUUUUUGACGAUCCAAGCAAGGAAAUUCAGGAAUUGACAACUUUCAUAAAGAAUGAUAUCACAUCACUCAAUGUCGGUGUUUCUGAUUUACAAGCCCUUCAAGACAUGGAUGUAGCUGAUGGAACUCAUUCAAAAGAUACAAUUGUUCAUUGUACUGCGAUUUGUGAUGAUCUGAAGACGAGACUUAUGGCAGCUACAAAAUCAUUCCAGGAGGCACUUACUAUAAGGACAAAGAACAUGAAAGCUCACGAAGAUCGAAAACAAAUAUUUUCUACAAAUCUCUCUAGAGAAAAUCCUUUGAAACAACCUCCAAAGACCUUAGCAGAGCCACCUCCAUGGUCAAUUCCUACAUCAGGAAGUGGUGGAAAUGAUGUUCAGGGCAGCAAUCAAUUAAGACGGAGAUUGGCUUCAGACAAUCCUCCAUCUAACGAAAUGGAAAUGUCCAUGUUACAAGAUCAGGUUCCGAGACAAGAAAGUUACUCUCAGAGUAGGGCAACUGCUCUUCAAAAUGUUGAAUCAACUAUUUCAGAAUUGGGCGGAAUAUUCACACAUCUAGCUACGAUGGUUGCACAACAAGGUGAGCUUGCUAUAAGAAUUGACGAUAACAUAGAUGAGUCAUUAACAAAUGUUGAAGGUGCACAAGGUGCUUUGUUAAAGUACUUAAAUCGAAUAUCAUCAAACAGGUCUCUCAUGAUCAAAAUUUUUCUUGUUGUUAUACUUUUUCUCUGUGUAUUUAUAUUUUUUCUUGCGUGAUGUCGGUUAGGAGAGGUGGAUAUUCACUGUCAUUGUUACAUGUUGUGGGCUUAUUAGUAAUCAAAAGGCCGAUUUCGUUCAAUAGCUUGCUCUGAGAUGUGUAAUACUUAUCUGUACUUUGUAACAUAGAUGCUGCAGUCACAAAUUUCUUCAGCCAAAUUAUGAAGAUGUGAAAAAAAAUUUAGAAACGAUUGGGUAGAGUGAACAACUCUACUAAAGCUGACAUUCUUAAGAGUCGAGUUUACUUUGGUGGAGUGAACAACUCUACUCAAGAAUCAAUCAUAUCACUAUACUCGACUAUGAUGUGGGUGAAGUAUCUUUAAAAGUAUACUAUAGAUGUGUCAUUUUCCACUAAAAGACUCACUAUUGAUUGGUGUCAAUCUUUGGCGGACAAAAUUAGUGCCAGAAUCAUAUGCUGGAUGGCUAGACAGAAUAGAGUUGAUUAGAUCAGUGUUGUUUGGCAUCCAGGCUUAUUGAUCACAAUGCAGCCUGUUUCAAGUAUGUUGUCAUACAAGAAUGGCAUUGAGUUCAACAAUGUACAUAGUAAGUCCAAGACAUCCACAAGCCUUCUUUUGAAGGCUUGCUUUGCAGGAGUGGUCUAUGAGCAUGUUGAAAUGGUUCACUACAUUCUUGGAUCACAAAAUUAGUGCCAGAAUAACACUAACCAAUGGUGAGUCUUAUUGAUCACAGUUGUUUUUCCUCUCACAGAAAGUGAUCAAAUUAAUAGAAGCAACAUCUACAAGUCAUAAUUGUUCCAUGGAGAGGACUUGUGUGCCACAAUGUAGCAUGUGUCAUGUUACUAUUCGGUAUAUAAAGUCCUUAAAUUGUGAUUUA